GAAAGUGGUUAACUUUUAAAGAAGAAGAAAUUAAUAAUUUUUACCUGUUUAAAUCAGAUUUAAAUAACUAUAUACGAAGAUGUUUAGAUCUUCGAUUUAUUUAUAAUAAUGAUUAUGAAAAAACUUAUAAAGUUAAUGGUCGAGGGCAAGCUAUUCAUAUACCUAAAGAAUCAGAUUUAAAUGAGGACGAGUAUAGUCAAGCUCAAGUUAUUUUGGAACUUCGAAAUAAAUAUAAAUGUUCACAACAUGUUACACAUGUUAU